AGGUGGAGUUCGACCUGAAUGCAGAGACGCUCUCCGACCCCCUGUUCCGCACGCAGGUCCUGGGGGAGCUCCUCGUGGAUCUGCAGUCGUGCCGGAUCGAGCAGCGGAAGUUCUGCACCACGGACCUGCGCCUGGAGCUCACCGACAAGAUCGGACAGGAGGCGAGGCCCCUGAUCAGCGAAAUCGCCCAGGUGUUCGACGUCAAGGCGACCGGCUCGCGCAAAGGCGGCAAGGGAGCCUACAAGGGCAAGGGCGGCACGGCGGCGGGCGGCGCGGCGCCCGGCGGCGACGAGCGGGCGCAGAUCCUGGACCAGGUGGCUGACGUGGUGGCGGCGGACGAGCAGAUCAAGUCGGCUUGGCCUGAGCAUCUGCUAUAUCCGGAGUGGAACAUGGACAGCAAACAGGA